AUGGCUCAGAAGCAGAUGUCACCCAAACCCUACUCUUCCAACUCAGCCAGCCAGCCACAUGCAGGACCCCUAAGCAAAGAAGAGGUUGUACCACUUCCUAUGCAAACAAAUGCCCCACUCCUGAUUUCUGAAGAUACCAAACGCCAAGCUGCAGUGCACCUAGGAUGCUGCGUGGAAGCCGGAACUGUACUUCCUGUGUGGCCGCUCAGAACUGCAGCCAGGCCAGCACCAGCAGCUGAGCUGCCAGCAGCAGUAUCCCCCUCUGCAGCUGGCCCUCUUGCUAGGCCCAGGCAGCCAGGUCUGAUGGCCCAGAUACCAACCACUGGAGCUGGCGUGGGGCACACACUGGGUCAUGCCAUCACUGGGGACUUCAGUGAAGGAAGUAAUGCUGAGCCUGCAAGGCCUGACAUCACUUACCAGGAGCCCCAGGGAACUCAGAUGCCACAGCGGCAGCAGCCUUGCUUCUAUGAGAUAAAACCGUUUUUGGAGUGUGCGCGGAACCAGGAUGACACAAAGCUCUGCGAGGGUUUCAGUGAGGUACUGAAAGUGCAGACUUGCAGAUGGAUUGGCCCAAUCAAGAAGUUCAAAUUGGAGAAAUGGAAAAUCAACUCUCAUAGCAAGUUAAUUUCGUAUAAAAAUAUAACUGAUAGUGAAGAGAUAAAGAAUAACCAUCAGUUAAACCUCUCGGGUGUCAUUCAUAGCUUUCUUCCUUCAGAAUUAAAAUGGAAGAGGCCAUUCUUACUUUGUAGAAUUCCAUUAAGAUGGUGUGGAAUUUAG